AAAUUAGAAACAAACAUGACUUCCAAAGCACAUGCACUCUCACUGAAAAUCUUAGCAGAAUGUUCCACAACAAAAGCCCGAGCAUGUCAGAUGACACUUCCCCAUUCUAUUGUAGAGACUCCUGUUUUUAUGCCAGUUGGUACACAAGGAACGCUGAAGGGUCUGUUACCUGAACAAUUGGAGGAGCUAGACUGUAAAAUCAUGUUAGGAAACACUUACCAUCUUGGUAAUAGACCUGGUCCAGAACUAUUAGAAAAAGCUGGAGGUCUUCAUAAAUUUAUGAAUUGGAACAGAUCUUUACUGACAGACAGUGGUGGAUUCCAAAUGGUGUCUUUACUGAAGUUAGCUGAGAUAACAGAAGAGGGAGUUAAAUUUCAAUCUCCCCAUGAUGGUUCUGAAAUGAUGCUUACUCCUGAGAAGUCCAUAGAAAUACAAAACUCUAUAGGAGCUGAUAUAAUUAUGCAACUUGAUGAUGUUGUACACAGUUCUACAACUGGAUCAAGACUAGAAGAAGCCAUGUGGAGGACAAUACGAUGGCUGGAUAGGUGUUUGAAAGCUCACAAAAGGCCACAUGAUCAAAGUAUUUUCCCAAUAGUACAAGGUGGACUAGAUGCUGAACUGCGGAAGAAAUGUGCUUAUGAAUUAAUAAAAAGAGACGUUCAUGGUUAUGCUAUAGGAGGAUUGAGUGGUGGUGAAGAAAAGUCAGAUUUCUGGAGAAUGGUUUCGUUGUCUACUGACAUCUUACCUGAUGAUAAACCAAGAUACUUGAUGGGAGUUGGAUUUGCUGUAGACCUGGUUAUUUGUGCAGCUCUAGGAUGUGACAUGUUUGAUUGUGUUUUUCCAACAAGGACAGCUAGAUUUGGAUCAGCUUUGGUGCCAAGUGGUCAGUUGAAUCUGAAGUCAAAAAUCUUUUCAUCAGAUUUUCGUCCUAUUGAUGAUCAGUGUAAAUGUUCCACGUGUAAAAAUUUCACAAGAGCAUAUCUUCACACUAUAGUGACCAAUGAAACUGUAGCGUGUCAUCUGUUGUCUGUGCAUAAUGUUGCAUAUCAGUUGAAUUUAAUGAAGUCUGUCCAUGAUAGUAUAAUAGAAGACAAGUUUCCACAGUUUAUAAAGGCGUUCUUCAUCCAGCAGUUUCCAAACAAAGACUUUCCUCAGUGGGCUAUAGAUGCAUUAGAUUCAGUUAAUGUUAAACUAAAUGAAAAUACAACAGACAAUGGCCAAUCUUCAGUAGAUGUGAAGAAUAAAGUCAGUGACUCUUCAAAUAUAGAAAAUUCUAAAAUAUCAUGAUACUAAUAAAUUCAUUGAUAUCUCAAACAGUUAGUUUUUGGUGCCCCUAAAAUAUUUCUGGGAAACAUGAAGUGACUGAUUGACCAUAACAUUAUCAAUUAUUAUUCUUCUGCGACAUGUGCACUUUGGUCAAUGUAGAAAAUAGGAAUUAUUAUUCUUGAACAUUUUUAUUCUGCAAAUAUUAAUCAUUUUAUUAAUAGUUCCCAAGUGAUACAUUGUUUGUACAUUGAAUAAAUAACCAUGCUUUUAGGUUCACAUAGACAAAACUUGGCAAUUAAUGUAAUAACCUCGAGCUCAGUGCCCAUGUCCACAUAUGUACGAGUAUUCAUAGUCGGUUAUUAUAUACUAGUUUACAGGUAUAUUAAGCUAUAUGAUCUAGUGUACAGUUACAUCUUAGUGACUGAUCCUGUGCCGUAAAGAUGAAAGUCAUAUGAUCCAUAUUUCACAGUCCUCUAGCUUUGAAUAUUAAAACAAAAUUCAGUUCAAAGAUAAAAAGUAAUCUUCAAUCAUAUACAUUGGUGUACAGAGGAAUCUAGAAGAGUGCAUAAGCUUUCCACCAAAAGAGGGAUAGUGUAACCUACUUUUCAUACUCCAUUGAGUUACGGUUAAGUUUUUAUGUUGACAGUUCAUUUAACAUAUGAUAAAUAUAGAUUCUACCACUGCAUCGAGUGUGAUACGAUAUUUAUCCACUCGAGACAGUUAAAUUUUCAAAUUUAAAACAUGAGGCUUUAAAUAUUUAAAAUUUAACUGUCGAGAGUGGAUAAAUAUCGUAUUACACGAGAUUUGGUGGUGGAAUCUGUUUCUCUAAUGAUUUUCAAACAAUACGCAGGCAAAUUUAUUCCUUCUUUUCGAAUGAUCUGCAAAAAGAUGUGUUCUUUCUAUGUGACGUCAUCAGGCAUGGUCGCCUUUUUUCAUGCCGUCACAAUAGGAAAUUCAGAGGAAAGCAAGAAAAUUCAACGUCAUAAUCGGAUUUUAACCAAUGAAGAACCGAGAUCAAACGAACCACACGUUGAUUAAAUUUUUUUAUACAAUGGGUGCAGAAAGGGAUAAAUUGACGAAGAAUUAGAGAAUAUGUUUUACUUCCCUUGUUCUGUUAUUGGAUAAUAAGUUACAUACAAUUAUAUUGCUCCAUUUCUUGUAAUAUUAUCACCUGACUGAAACUUAACUAGUGAAAAAGUGAAGGUUUGUGUUCGGAAAUGGUAGCAAAAACGUUUUUGUUGGCAGGUGUUAAGUCGACAACAAUUACCAUGUGACUGAAAGUGUGGUCAGAUAUAAAGGUGUUAACCAAGGUUGCAAGAAAUUUUUGUUUGGCAGAUGUUUCAUCGACAAUACUUGAUAAAUACAUGAAGAGUGUUAGAAGGUUAUUGGUGCAAGUUUAUUUUAUAAAUCAUACUUUUCAAUAAAUAGUAUACAUAC